AUGCCAUCAGCAACUUAUUCAAACAAGGCUCAGGUCUUAUUUGGACCGAAAGAUUUGCGUUUGACUCCCAGAGACUUGUCUGGGCCGCUUGCAGACGAAGUUCAAAUUGCAGUCAGAUCAACGACGCUCUGCGGAUCAGAUGUUCACUACUACACUCAUUUCGCGAACGGAGAUAUCAUAGUCCGAGAACCAUUGUCACAAGGACAUGAGGCAUCCGGGGAUAUUGUCUCGCUAGGUUCGGACGUAGAGAAAUCUGGUCACUUGAAGAUAGGUGCCCGAGUUGCCAUUGAGGCGGGUAUCCCUUGCGGCAUAUGCGAGGUUUGCGAGGAUGGAAGAUACAACUUGUGCGAUGAUAUGCGAUUUCGAAGCAGCGCAGUCUCGUUUCCUCAUUUCCAGGGGACUCUACAGGAGCGAUUAAAUCAUCCAGCAAAAUGGUGUCAUUUACUGCCAGAAACCAUCUCUUAUGAAGAAGGAGCACUAUUAGAACCUUUGUCGGUGGCAGUUCAUGCCGUUCGAAAAGCGCGCGUGUCAUCAACGUCAAGUUGUCUUAUUCUGGGUGCUGGGGCCGUUGGUCUUCUCGUAGCGGCUGUGUUGCGGACGAUCGGAUGUUCUGAGGUUGUCAUGGCAGAUAUCGCAGGAAACCGACUAGACUUUGCAAAGAAGCAUGGGUUUGCCUCUGAAGUCUCAACCAUCCUUGCUAAGCGAGGGAAGGAGCCCGAAGAGAAGUUGCAAAUAGCAAGAGAAGUUGCAAGUUCAUUACUGGAACUGAGACCGAAGUCGCACAAGUCUUCGUUGAAGUACCAUGUAACAUUUGAGUGUACAGGAGUAGAAAGCUGCGUUCAGACCGCAAUUUACUCAACACGUGCUGGUGGAAAUGUGGUAUUGGUAGGGAUGGGGUCGCCAGUUCAAACUCUUCCAAUGUCAGUGGUUGGAAAUCGGGAAGUCGACCUCUUGGGAGUCUGGAGAUACGCAAAAACGUAUCCAGAAGCCAUGAAAAUCAUGCAAGCCUCGAAAGAUUCUUCAGCAGGAAUCCCGGACAUAAGGAAGCUGAUAACGCACAGCUUCGAAGGGUUAAACACUGUUCCUGACGCGUUUGGGUUGGCAGCUAAGACGACGGACGGUGAUGGGAAUUUGGUUAUUAAAGUUGUGAUAAAUAACUGA